AUGGAACAAGACGCAAAAUCAUCGUGGAGGCAACUCUUCGCCUUUACAAAAAAAUCACACACGGGAGCUCUGAUAGCUGCUUUGAUAGCCGCAGCCUUCUCAGCAGCUUUCAAAACCAUCCUCGCAGUCAUCCUUGGGAAAAUCUUUGAUAUCAUCGCCGGCUUUGGCAAUGGCACAUACGACGGGGAUGAAGCACUGAGCCUGGUUUCUGACUGGGCUUUUGUCCUUCUAGGAAUGGGAAUUGGAAAUUGGAUUGCCAGUACAGCCUUUCUAUGUCUUUGGGUCAUAUUUGGAGAAUUGCAGGCGUGCAGCGUCAGACGGGAAAUAUUUACAAGUCUUCUCUCCAAAGACAUGGCCUGGUUCGAUGCCCAAUCCGAAGGUAUAUCAAGUCUUCUUAUCAGAAUACAGACGCAAACUCGUGAACUACAGCUCGCAUCUUCUCAGGUUCUCGGCCUUCUCGUUGGCGACAUCAUCACUUCCUUCGCAUCUCUGGGCAUCGCGCUCUAUUACUCCUGGAAACUCACACUCGUCCUUCUCGCUACUCUUCCAAUUUCAGCCAUCGUUCUAUCACUUGCCACAAAGCGCUUGGAGCCUGCAAUCCAAACCCAGAAACGUGAACUGGCCGUGGCCUCAAAGUUCGCCGUCGCAUCUAUAACCGCCAUUGAUCUCGUCAAGGUCUUUAACGGAUACGACCAGGAAGUUUGGCAGUACUAUCCAUCCGUAAAAGCCGCAGCAAAGCAGUACCUUGUCCAAGCCCAGUGUAAUGCUCUCCAGAUGGGCUAUGUCGCUUUCUGGGUUGUGGCCAUGUUUGUCCUGGGAUUCUGGUACGGCGUGGUACUUGUCAACAACGAUGGUCUUGCUGCUGGAAGUGUCCUCACAACUUUCUAUUCUACCCUUGCAGCUUUUCAGGGCAUUGAAGCUCUCAUGCCGCAGUGGCUGGUUCUCGCAAAGGGCAUGUCGGCUGGUGGGUUUCUAUCCAGUAUCACUCGCAACAUGAGAAACGGUGGCCCGGUUACGCCCAUGGCUGGUGCUUUACGACCCCAGUUCUGCAGUGGCGACAUCGAACUGAAGAAUGUGAGCUUUGCAUACCCUUCCAAUCCGACGGUCAAAGUACUCAAACGAUCCAACUUCUUCUUUCCUUCUGGCGAGAUAACCUUUAUUGUCGGAAGAAGCGGCUCUGGAAAGAGUACACUCGGUAACCUCAUCGUCGGCUUCUACGAGCCCCUGAGCGGACAGGUUCAUGUCGACAGCCGACCUUUACAGGUACUCGACAGACAAUGGGUCCGCGAAAACAUUACUCUGAUCCAACAGUCGAGUGUUUUAUUCAACGAAUCGUUCUUCAAGAACGUAGCAUUUGGUCACCAAUACCCUGACGGAGCAACACGAUCCGAAGUUAUGGGUGCCUGCGACGCAGCAUUACUCCAGUCAACGCUCGCAGCACUUCCCGAUGGACUUGAGACCAAUGUUGGCGCUGACGGAUACAACUUGAGUGGUGGUCAGAAACAGAGACUGGCGCUUGCUAGAGCUAGACUCCGAGAUCCCCCUGUACUCAUCCUUGAUGAAAUCACAAGCGGUCUCGAUCAGGUCAGCAGAACCCUCAUCAUGGACGCAAUCCGUGCAUGGCGACGAGGCAAGACAACCAUCAUUAUAACACACGACGUCGCUCAAAUUGAUGAUAAUGACUUUGUCUACGUUAUGGACAACGCAGCUCUUGUGCAAGAAGGCUUCAGGAAGGACCUUGCCAAGCAAAGUGGUAAAACAUUUGCCACGCUUGCAUAUACAGCACAGAACACCCCCGAAACGCCUGUUGAAAUCACCAUCGACUCUCCAGUCUCCCCCAUCUCGCCCCUUUCUCCAUUAUUCCCUCCACCCUUGAGAGCAUCUCGACUUUCGAAAAUGCUCGUGGGAGAGCUGGAGUCAUUCAGCCCAGCCCCUGCGAGUGCAUCGCAACGCAUGACUCUUGGCACCAAUGCAGCAGCGGCUUUUCGCAUCCGGACGGCUCGGGCAUGGGAUAUGGAAACCUUUUUUGAAGAAGAGCGUCCAGCAACCGCUCUUGCCCACUUACCUAUGGGUGACUUUUAUGACGAAAAGCACAAUAGCGCUCUCAGAAGUCGAAGUAGCUUAGAUGGUUUUGAAACAUCGUGUACCCUAGGACCUCUCGAUGAACCAGAGUAUCUCUUUGGUGGAGCAGAACGCCCAAAGAGCAUCACAAGACUUCGAAGGGCAAAGUUGACCGACAAGGCAGAGGAUAAGGAUGAUGAGACUAAGGAACUUCCUCCACCUAUGUCAUUGGUUGCAAUCUUGAAGACUGUCUGGCCAGCUAUCGGCCGGGGACAUCGGUUUCUCCUUAUUAUUGGAGUACUUACCUGCUUGAUUGGUGCUGGUUCUAUCCCUGCAUUCGCAUAUUGCUUUGCACAGCUGUUGGGCGCCAUGUGGUCGCAAGGCGACAAAUUGGCAGAAGGCAAGAAAUGGGCCAUUUUCCUCAGUGUCAUCGCUGUGGUCGAUGGAGUUUGUACAGGCGGUGGUCGUUACUUGCUCGAGAUGGUUGGCCAAGCAUGGAUCAAUACUAUCCGCGUGGAAGCCCUAAAACGAAUUCUUCGACAACCAAGGUCUUGGUUCGACCGGUCACGCAACUCUCCUGGCCGAAUCAACGAAUGCCUCGAUCGGAAUGCCGAAGAAAUGCGCAACAUUGUCGGACGAUUUGUACCCAUCCUCAUUACAGUCAUCGUCAUGAUCGUUGCCGCUAUUGUUUGGGCACUUAUAAUAUCGUGGAAGCUCACACUCGUCACCCUCGCACCGCUGCCUGUCGUUAUGGGCGCAGUUAAAGGCUAUACCAUUAUCAGCGGGAAGUGGGAGGCGCGUUGCAACGAAGGAGCUGAGGAAGCCAGCGCUACUCUGACUGAGAUCUUUCUCAACAUCCGGGUCGUUCGAGCUCUUACAUUGGAAAAGUACAUGAGUACAAAGUACCUCACAUCAGUAGCACAUACUCUGGGUCUAGGAAAGAAGAGGGCUGGACGUACAAGUCCCUUUUUUGGUCUCUAUCAGUCUGUGAACUACCCCCUCACGGCGCUGGUGUUUUAUUACGGAACUGUGCUUCUGGCUUCGGAAAAUGCGAUCACACCAACAUCUGUCGUAGCAGUGGUGAAUCUGCUUCUAUUCAGUAUGGGCACAGCGACAAGUAUUCUUAGUACGAUACCUCAAGUCACUAUGGCUCAGUCCACUGCCGCACAGAUGUUGAAAUAUGCCAACAUGCCGCUGACACCACCAAGCGAGGCUGGCGGAAAAGAGAAGCCAAAAUCACCGCUUCCAGUACGACUAGACGACCUCGGCUUCUCUUACAAGUCAAGUUCGCGUAGGCCUGUUCUUAGAGGCGUGUCGUUCGAGGUUAAUGCUGGAGAUUGCCUGGCUGUCGUCGGUCGUUCUGGCUGUGGCAAGUCUACGGUUAUCUCGCUGAUGCUGGGUCUUUAUACCCCCUCGAGAGCUUCAAUACUCAGCACGCAACCGCCACUCACCUUUGCUGGCAUUUCUCAUUCAGACAUUGAUAUUGAGCAUCUCCGCUCGAUGAUGGCAUACGUCCCACAAACACCAUUUUUGUUUCCAGCCACCAUCGCAGAGAAUAUCACAUAUGGUCUCAAGGAACUAUCGCCUCUACGUCACUUCCCCAAUGUCAUGGCCGCUGCAAAAGCAGCUGGUCUUCACGAGUUUAUUUCAUCUCUUCCAGACGGUUACAACACUCAUGUUGGCGACGGAGGCCAAGCUCUCUCAGGCGGUCAAGCACAGCGUCUCAGUAUUGCACGCGCACUAGUCCGCGAGCCAAGACUUCUCGUUCUAGACGAACCAACAAGUGCUCUGGAUGCGGAAAGCGCAGAGAUGAUCAGGCACACAAUGCGACGAAUCGCAGGCAAGACAAAGAGGGAUAUGGCAAUCGUUGUAGUGACACACAACAAGGAAAUGAUGGCCAUUGCAGACCGUAUUGUUGUGCUGGAGGAUGGUAUCAAGGUUGAGGAGGGAACAUAUCAUGAGUUGCUGCAAGCGAGGGGUGCUUUUACGCAAGUAAUUGGAGAAGGAGGAUGGGAAGGAAAAGAGUAUUGA